AUGGACAUUGCCAUGUAUCUGUCCAAAGUGAUACACAACGACGUGACCGUGGCAAACGUCACCUCGUGGAGUUUCUGGACGGCAAUGGACAUACCGCACUAUGGACACAAAAAUCGUUUUCUCCUCAUCUCCCUCACUCCCGCAGCCGGCGAGUGGGGCGACAUCAGAGAGGAAGGAACCUACGCUGUCACACACUCGUUGUGGGUUUUGGGAAAUUACAGCCGCUUCAUCCGUCCCGGAUACCAACGCCUGAGUAUGACCUACGACGAGUCGCGCGACUUCUUCGGUUUGUCGUGGAUUUCGCCCGACGGCAGUGAGAUCGUCACGGUGAUGAGCAAUCUCUCAGACAAAGGCAUUCGCUUGAACGAGUCUCACCAAGGAUGGAUGGCAAAACCCUCACAAGUGACCCUCUACACCACUACUGCUGCCAAGCAACUUGUUCCGACAACCCUCGAAGUGACCAGCAAAUCCUGCUGGAACCCCAAAGUGUAA